AUGUCUCUCCCCGCCUGGGAGACCUUUGCUCUUAUUUUCAUUUUCCUUGUAUUGGGACUGACGAUCAUGAUAACCAUGAUUCUUGUCAAGGAGUGGACCGAGUACCAAGCUAUGCAGUUUUGGCCGAAACUGCGUAGAACUCGCACUCUCGAUCUGGAGUCGGGCCUUUAUCUACUAGAGGACGUAAAGGAACUGACAUGGCGCGUUGAGCAGAUGGAAACAGAUAUUGGUCGUGGAAUCCAGCUUGCUGAAUACCUCUCCGAAUACCAUGAUGAACCCCCACUGCCUUGA